GCAGAGCAGGGCAGGAUUACUCUGGUGGGAGGGUCCAUUGUCACCGACCACGGCUCAGCCUGUUUAUCCAUCUGCAGCAGACACUGCGGGCUGACACCACAAUGACACUGCCAGGAUCCGCUCUGGAACAAAGGCAAAUCACAUCUCUAUAAGACCCCCAGAGCCAACACCGGGGCAUGGACCGAGGCUGCCAGACACACAGGGUCUCCAUGUAAGGUCUCCACGGAUCUAAUGAAAGUUGAACAUUUUUGGUGACUAAAUUACUUUGCACAGAGGACAACCAUGAGUGUCUCAUCACUACUGUCCCGGGGAGCAGUGGAUAUCCUUGAGGAGCUACAGAUACUGACGGCAAAGACAAUGGAGAAAGUAGAAAUCACCAAACAGUAUGAGGUCAUCAGGGAGCUCGGAAAAGGGACAUAUGGAAGAGUCGAUCUGGUGAUCCAUAAAACCAGAGGUACAAAAAUGGCUCUAAAAUUUCUGAGGAAGAAAACAACAAAACAGAAGAGUUUCCUGCAGGAAUAUUGCAUCUCACGCUACCUGUCAGCCUGUCCAUAUAUCAUCGGCAUGCACGACAUUGCCUUCGAAACGGAUGAAUACUACGUGUUUGCACAAGAAUACGCGGUGGCUGGGGACCUUUUCGAUAUCAUCCCUCCACAGGUGGGUCUUUCCGAGCACAUAACCAAACGUUGCAUCUACCAAGUAGCAUUAGCCCUGGAUUAUCUCCACAAUCGGAAGCUGGUCCACCGUGACAUCAAACCGGAAAAUAUUCUUAUCUUCGACAAAGAAUGCAGAAAAAUUAAACUCUCAGAUUUCGGCAUGACAAGGAUUGCCGGAACCACAGAAAAGCGUGUGAGUGGGACCAUUCCCUACACAGCUCCCGAACUUUGUGAAACUUCUAAGCACAGUGGAUUCGUGGUGGAAUAUAAUAUCGACGUUUGGGCAUUCGGGGUCCUGCUCUUUUGCAUGAUGACUGGGAAUUUUCCAUGGGAGAAGGCCUUACACUCAGACUCCUUUUACUAUGAAUUUUAUCAGUGGCAAAAAUACAAAAACGCCAAUGUGCCAUCUCAGUGGCGAAGAUUCACCUCUCAUGCCCUUAAAAUGUUUAGCAAAUUGCUUUCCAUCGAGCCCGAGAAGAGAUGCUCCAUUAAGGAUAUCCUCUGGUAUUUUGGCAAGACUUGGCUGGUGACCAAGGAAGAACAUCAUCCUUCUGAGGCAAAAACCAACAGCGACGUCUUUGUGCACGUCAAACCCCAAGGUCUUCCGUAUCUCAACGGCAACACUAUCGAUAGCAAUAAGAGCGACACCAGCCCCAGUUUAUCAUUCUCCUCCUGCAGCAGCUACGAGGACAUCCCGAAAGAGAGUAAUGCAAACACCAUCUUAGUCUCUGCACCAAUUGAGAUAUGUGUAUGAAAUGUUCCUCUUCAUCGUGUACUAUGCACAGACAGAGCCGUCUUCUUUUGGAUUAAUGGCAUGAACCAGCAGAGGUCCUCUGGGGCUUUGGGAAGGUUUUCCAUACACAUUGGCCACAUAACAACCUGAUAAGACAUCAAGCUUUGUAGGUAUGAGCAUGCCCAAUGUUUAGAAAGGCCAGAUGUCUUCUCAUGAGGGCAGUCCAUGGUUCCUGUUCAUCUAUGGCCAUUAAUAUUUUACCACCAAUCCUAUCUCAAACUAUACAUUUUGAAUUCACCAAAAUAUAAUCAAUUUUUUUUAAAUAUUUAUUCUAAUUAUAAUUUUUAUCUACAAAUAUGACAUCCUGAAGCAAGCCCAUUCUCAUGUUCAGAGCCUUAUCUUGGCCCUCCACAUAAAAUAGCUGGUUAGUUCAGCCAUCCCUCUGUAUGGAUUCCACCAUGAACAGAGAGAGGAGAAACCUGCUGUCGUCCUCUGGUGGCAGCUUAUCUCUGAAGAACAAAAUAUAUGGACAAUCUGAAAAUCAACAUGGCUGAUCCUUCUAACCCUAGGCCACCCACCACAUAUCUAAAUGUUUGUGACCAGCUUAAGCUUGCUUGGUCCACGCUGGAGAUCUUGUUUACACAGCUACAUCGAUGACGUUCCCUACUGACACAUGAAUGCUGGAGCCAAUCCCUGACCAUACUGCCACCACCAAUGGUCAUAAAGAUAAUAGGUCAGGAGAGAGGGGCGCUGGAACGGACAGAAAACGUCAAUGUGUCAAAACAAAACCUGCUCCUACACCAAGAUAAAAGUGUUAAUAAGAAAAUGCAUACAAAGAGCGCCCUUAUGGCUUUCAGACAUGUCCAAUCUCCAGCACAUUCUUAUUGAAUUUCCCUCCAUGACAUAUUUUUUGGUCCUUUAUUGGGAUUAAGAAAUUCUAUUGUUAUUCUAUUUAGCCUUUUAUGUCAUAAAUCCAAAGAGACCGUCUGCUUUGUCUGUGACCAUCGCUGACCGCUUGUGGUGCAGAACAUUCUAGGUCCGCCAUCGCAGCCGUGAGCCAAGACAACAAAUGUCCAUUGUAUCGUUGUAGUGACCGCCGCCAUCUCAGUGUAUAUGUACGAGACUUUAUUUUAUUUAUUCUGUUAUUUAUGUAGCCGUCAUCCAUCUGACAUCAUUGUGCGUCAAUUCACUUUUGUUUUUUUAGGAUGUUGUAACAUUUUUUAAAUUAUAAAAGGCAAUAUAGUGUGAAUGACACCACAACGGUUCUGCUUUUAUUAUUUUAUAAGUGAAAACAAUUCGACAGUGUAACAGUAAGAGCAAAGGUAUAAAGAACAAAUAAAACUACUAAAAACUCCAAAAUAAAUCAUUACACCCAAAA